AUGGAUCCUUACGAAGGUUACUUGCAAGACUUUGAAGAAGAGUUUAGAGAAGAACAGCGUUUAUUAAAUCGGCAGCCGAUUGUGCUGCAGCUAGGCAUGCGGUUUAUACGACUUGGUAUUGCAGGUGUAUGUACACCUCACUGCGUGAUGGAUGCCCCUCUCCUCAAUAAGAAAAACAGUCUCUCUUUAUCUCUUCUACCUGCUGCUGCUGCUGCUGCAAAUGCUGCAAAUGCUGCAAAUACAACAAAGGCAGCAACUGCAGCAGCAGCCGGAACAGCAGCAGCAACCGGAACAGCAGCAGCAGAAACACCCGAGGCGGGCGAACCAGCUCAAGCAGACAGUAGCAGCAGCAGCAGCAGCAGCAGCACUAGCAGCAGCAGCAGCAGCAGCAGCUGUUGUGUGCGAACGUUUGAUAUCUUAGACGGCUCUGAGCUGAAGCAUAAGCUUGCUGCUUGGCUGCUUGCAGCCUUGAGGGUGCCGUCGAUAUCUUUUCUGUCGGACCUUGUGGCUCCUCUUUACACCUGCGGAGUGGACACUGGCCUUGUGGUGGAUGUUGGGUUUAGUAGCUGCCGCGUACAGCCAACUUGCUUCGGCACUCCGCUUCCUUGCGCUUUGCGCGUCUCCAACGGUGGUGCUGCUGCUGUGCUGCUGCAGCUGCAGCAGGACCUGAUAAGAGCAGCAGCAACGCAGCAGCAGAAAACAGCUCUAAACAAUAUGGAACUUGAGGAUUUGGAAGACAUGCUCAUUAAGGUGGCGUAUGUCCGAUACGAGCUUGACCAGCCCGAGCAGCAGCAGCAGCAGCAGCAGAAGCAGCAGCAGCAGCAGCAGAAGCAGCAGCAGCAGCAACAGCAGCAGCAGGAGCAGCAGCAGCAGCAGAAGGUGGUCUUUGAGUCUUCGCUGUCGUUAGAUUAUAUUGCAAAAGACGGCACGGUUAUAAAUGUCCCCCCAGAGUUGCGGUGGCGGUGUGCUGAGGUUUUAUUCGGGUCGUUGCCACCGAAUGAAGUUGCUGCAGAUGUUGGAGAGAGUCUAACCGAACUCAUCAUCGGUGCUGCACUGCAGCAGGAAAAGAGUUUGUCUCCUCUUGCUGCUGCUGCUGCUUUGGGGCUGCCUCCGACUCCCCCAGGGAUUAGACAGUGGUGUGGGGCAUCAAUGCAUGCAACGCUGCACGGAAUACAGGUGUACGGGCAGUCUGAGUUACUGGCUGGGGUACCGCUGCCUGACUGGGCCUCCAUUGAAACUGCAGCAGCAGCAAAAGAAGAAGAAGAUUCUGCUGCUGCGCUGCAGCAGCUAGCUCCAUCUGAUGAUGACGACUCGCAUCAUCAGCAGCAGCAGCAGCAAGAGCAGCAGAAGCAGCAGCAAGAGCAGCAGCAGCAAGAGCAACAGCAGCAACAGCAAGCGCAGCAGCAGCAGCUAGGCAAGGACUCCACCAGCAGCAAGGAAGCAACGCAACUGCUGCAGCAAGGCGAAGGAGAACCACCUGCUGAGCUGCAGCAGCAGCACGAGCUACAGCGGAAGCAGCAGCAACAGCAGCAGCAACAGCAGCAGCAGCAACAGCAGCAGCAGCAACAGCAGCAAACAACCAUCCCUAAGCUGCAGCUGCGGGGCCCCCAUAUGCCGAAACCCCCCCCACCGCCUCGCCCAGUGACGAGCAGCAGCAGCAACAGCAGCAGCAACAGCAGCAGCAGCAGCAUUAGCAGCAGCAGCCCUGGCAGCAACAGCAGCAGCAGCAUUAGCCCAGCAAGCCCACAAGGAGACGCUGAGGACUGA